CGUCAGCGUGUAGCGUGACUUGAAAGAACGGACAUCAUGUCGUCACCCAGCGACUUUUUGCGUGGCCGAGGAGUGUCGGAGGACAUCCUUUCACUUUUGGAGGAGCAGAGGAUAAAGUGACUGAUGGAGGGGGCAACUCAAACAGUGGCUGGAAAUCCAGAUUUGGAUGACUUGAUCAAGCUAUGUUUUAGACUUGGAUUCAGUAAUAAGGAAAUACUUGCGAUUUUAGCACAUAAUGCUGAAACUAUUUUAAGUAUUCGGACUCUGAAAAGGAUAUGCAAAAGACUUGGUCUUUUUCGAAGAAAGAACCAGUCAGACCUGGGAGACGUGUUGGCUUUUGUCCAGCACGAGAUCAUGACUAGUGGACAGAUGCAAGGUUAUCGGUGGCUUCAUCUGCGUGCCAUUCAAAAAGGAUUUGUUGUGUCACAAGAUACAAUAAGACAAAUUAUACAAUUUGUUGACCCUGUAGGUGUGGGAAUAAGAAGAGCACGUCGCCUAAGAAGGCGCCAAUACACCUGCCGGGGGCCAAAUGCUCUUUGGCACCUGGAUGGCUAUGACAAAUUAAAGCCCUACGGGAUUGGCAUCAAUGGCUGUAUUGAUGGCUUUAGCCGGUAUGUGUUAUGGGCGGAAGCCUAUACCACAAACAGUGACCCUAAGGUGGUUGCAAGUUAUUUUAUAAAAACUGUUUCACGCAUUGGUGGGUGUCCAGAGAGGAUCCGUGCAGACAGGGGCACAGAAAAUGUUUGUGUCGAACAGAUGCAGAUGUUUUUGCGUAGAAAUCACUCAGACAAUUUUGCUGCGGAGAAAAGUUUCCUUUACGGAAGAAGUACAGCCAAUCAGCGUAUUGAAGGGUGGUGGUCCACUCUUCGCAAACAGAGUGCACAGUUUUGGAUUAAUUUAUUUCAAACACUUCAAGAUGAUGGCCACUUUUCAGGAGAUUUUCUGGAUAAAAGUCUUAUCCGGUUCUGCUUUCUCAACCUUGUGCAGGAUGAGCUGGAUGAAGUUGUGUACACGUGGAACGCACACAAAAUAAGACCAAGCUUGCACCAUGAUACAGCUUCAGGUCGACCAGUCGUCAUGUAUUCAUUCCCUGCGAUGCACAGUGCCGAGGAUCAAUUAAAACCUGUUGGAACGGAAGAGGUCACUGCAUGUAUGGAAGAGUGCACUACAAAAGGCAAUUUUCCUUGUGAUGAAACUAUUUGAACUGUGUUGUUUGCUUAUGGAGGAAAAUGAAUGGCACGCGCCAUCAGAUCCAUUGGAUGCAAGUGACUUGUAUGUUAAGUUGAGAGAGGAAUUACUGAAGUCUAUUUGACAUACAGUAUGUACUGAUGCAAUUUUGGGAAAAUGAAGCUUCAAAUUUGCUCCAUAAA